UCCACACAAAAAUAUGGGACACCGAAAAUGGGGAUCAUUAUUAUUGGCUUUGGUGGUUUGCUGUUUGGGUUAUGAAGAAGGGUUAUUUGUAAAAGGUGGGUUAGGGUUUGCUUGUAACUGGGGGACGCGGUCGAGCCAUCCCCUCCCACCGGAUAUUGUGGUUAAGUUGAUGAAGGACAAUGGGUUCAGUAAGGUCAAGCUAUUUGAAGCUGACCCAGGGGCUCUUCAAGCUCUUGGGAAUUCUGGUCUUCAAGUUAUGCUCGGAAUACCUAAUGAAUUCUUGGCACCGCUUGCUAGUAGUGUACGAGUUGCUGAGAAUUGGGUCUCCAAAAAUGUUUCUUACUUCGUUUCUAAUUUUGGCACCGACAUCAGGUAUGUAGCCGUGGGGAAUGAACCUUUCCUAAACGCCUACAACGGUUCAUUCCUUCAAACCACCUUCCCAGCACUGCAAAACAUUCAAGCCGCCCUAAUAAAGGCCGGUUUGGGGCGGCAAGUGAAGGUCACAAUCCCACUAAACGCCGACGUUUAUGAAACCGGCAACGGCCUCCCUUCCGGUGGCAACUUCCGGCCGGACAUCCGUGAUUUGAUGGUCAACAUCAUCAAGUUCCUCAGCAACAAUGCCUCUCCUCUCACCAUCAACAUCUACCCUUUCCUUAGUCUCAAUGCCGAUCCACAUUUCCCCAAGGAGUAUGCCUUCUUUAGCGGCAAUGCCGCACCCGUCAUUGAUGGUUCGAUCUCCUACACCAAUGUUCUUGAUGCCAAUUUCGACACUCUCGUCUCUGCUCUCGAGAAGAAUGGUUUCUCCUCCAUGCCUCUCAUCAUUGGGGAAGUUGGAUGGCCGACCGAUGGAGAUCCUAAUGCCAAUAAUGCUAACGCUCAAAGAUUCAAUCAAGGUCUAAUCGAGCGCAUCAAUCGCCGUCAAGGCACACCAAAGCGGCCAGUGCCAACAGACACAUACAUCUUCGCCAUCAUCGACGAGGAUGCGAAGAGCAUUCAACCAGGGAGUUUUGAGCGACAUUGGGGAAUUUUUAAUUACGACGGAACAAUCAAAUGCUCUUUAAACAUGGGAAAUAGAAAGCCCUUGGUUCCAGCCAAAGGAGUUCAAUACUUAUCCAAACAAUGGUGCGUAAUGUCACCGCAAGCGAGUCUCUCCGAUCCGAAUCUCCCGAACAGCGUCGCUUAUGCUUGCGACCACGCUGAUUGCACCAGCCUUAGCUACGGUUCGUCCUGUGGCAACCUUGACGCUAGAAGCAACGUUUCGUAUGCUUUCAAUGCCUAUUUUCAAACAAUGAAUCAGAGUUCAAAUGCCUGCAAAUUUUCGAACCUAGCUACAAUUUCUACUGUCGAUCCGUCUCCGUCUAAUCAGGGUAAUGGCAGAGAUGGAUGUCGAUUUGGAAUUAUGAUUGAUACGACGAAGAAGCGCCAUCUUGCACGGCCACCGAGAACUUCGUCGGCGUCUACAUUGAGAAUAGGGCAAAUUAGCUACUGCCAUUGGAUCGGUUUCCUUCUCGCGCUUUCCAUUUUGAUCAUGAAGAAUUGAUCUCUCUGAUGUAUGAAUUUUUUUUUUAUGGAAUUAUUGUAUUUAUUCUUUUUAACUCUCAAAUAUGGUACAUGUAUCUAUCUAUCAAGCAUUUUCUAAAGAUAAAUGUAGGAUAUAUUAUAGAAAAUGGCUAUGAGCUUUGUAUUUCUUUCAAUAAUAUUUAUGAACUUUCAAAACUUUCAAAGAAAAAAGGGAAAAAUUUA